GUAAUAAAAAAUGGAACCACAGGAAGACCUCCACUCCAAACCCAGCCCAAACAGAGCUUCCUGGUCUAGAAGCCAGCCUUCCUCCAGCUCCUUCCUGAGAAAUAGAGAAGUACAGAUUUUAGGAACAAGACUAGAAGAGAUUGACAGUGCAGUCGAAGAGAUGGAAGGUGAGAUAGAGUAUUAUGCUUCAGGGGUGGUGGUCUGUAUGGGGGUAGGGUGGGGAAAUUAGUCAGGAGAGUGAGAGGGCUGAUUGGGGGUAGAAGAGCAGGAUUUGGGGGGUAUGAAGAGGGUUGAGCUGGUGAGAGAGCGUGGGGCAUUGUUGCGGAAGGGUUUGGAGUCAGGUAUUUUAGAGCAUGAAGAAAUGAAGAGAGAUGUCAAGGGAAAGAAUAGCUGCUCAAAAUUUGAUGAGUCUAAAUCUUCUUUACAAGACUCCAAAACUUACUCUGACUGCUAUGAAAACAUAAUAUUUUAACAUGCUAGAAGGAGGACAUCGAAUCGGUCCUAACAACUGCCUAAAUAUAUUCCUCAGCAACACUUACCAUCAUCCAUUCCUAACCAAACUGAGUAAACUUCACCUCCCCAAACUAUCCAAAACAUUACUAUGAGACCUGACUAGACCAAGCGGACACAUUAAACGCUUCCUAUCCCACUGCAUACUUCCAACCAAUCUCCAAAUUCUUUCACUAAAAUGCCUUAACCUAAGCCCAAUUACUGCUUAUCUCCCUUCACUCAUAAAAUCCUGCCACAAGGCGACAUGCUUGAUCGACUUGGGCCACUUCGUGCUCUCUGGGCGAGAACUGAAGAAAUUAUUUGUAGCAGUGAGGUUAGUGAAGACAGUGAGGUUCCAGCAGUGUAGGAUUGGGAUGAGGGAGAACGGGAGGUGGACGAGGGCCAUGAGAGGGAGUUGUAUUAAGGAAAUAGAGCUAUGGGAUUGAGAAAAACCUGAAUAUAGUAACUGGUCCUCGGACCUAUCAGGGUUAAGUCAUCUAGCAAAUUGGUUUUCCAAUACAGAUCUUCGGGACACUCUAAAGGAAAUUGGGUUUGGAUAUACUCAUCUGCUGGCCAAGAGAGAUGUUGAAGAAGUUUUUGAUGAAAAUGGUCUUGGCCAUGUUCAAAUAACUGGAAAUUUUGCCUAUGAUUAAGAUCUUUAAAAGAGAAUAUCUUCAUAAAAAUUUAGAAC